ACCUCCCUCUUUUCUUCUCUAUCUGCUUGCUCAUGAUGACCCAUAACGAGCUAUGGUUGACCUAUCACCAAGCGUCACGCUAUAACAAGCCCGCAACGGCUCAGCUGGUCGAACUUGAGUUUCAGAAUCAGAAGUUAACUGACUUGGAGGAUGUGCUUGAGCACUUGUUCCGCCAGGGUUUUAUUGAGGCCCAGCAUCGGUCUCUGUCAUAUUGGGAGAACCACGACGGGCAAAGACUUGAUGCAAGUCACGCUGUGGAAGAACUGCUGACAAAAGGUGCAGGCAAAUGUCCUCAGUCUGCUCUUAGGCUGGUCAUCGCCGAUCGUCCAACCCAUUUGUGGUUCAGCUACGUUUACACUCACAAGAAUGCGGGGCCGGCCGUGACGCAGCGCGUUAAAUUCUGCCAUGCCCAGGAGGCAAAGCUUGAAAUGAUAGCCCAUCUCACCAACCACAUUUUCCGCCAUGGAUUUCUUCCGCCACGACUCAGGACGGUGGUGACAUGGCAGGGUCUUUGCGGAAGAAAGAUAGAAGAACACGAGACGCUUGACGCUCUGCUUGCCGCAAGAGAGGGUCUAUCUGAAACUUUGCCCCUGCGGCUCAUGAUAGAUGCUGCCUGCACACAUACCGGAACAUGCCAUGCAGCCGCUUGUCACUAGGAACGAGAGCUGUUGACCAUUUUAUGGGAGGAGUUGUGCUGGUAUAUAUUUUUCCUCGUCAUGCACGGGUAUAUGCGAUGUGUCUUCGAGAUAUGAUUGGUAAUUGCAGGUGUUUAAUGCCAGAGAAUAUUGUGAACGGCCCAAGAUGUCUGCGAAGCGUUAAAGGUGUGCAAAGUCUUAGUCAUCCAGUUUGGUAUAGGUUAGGGCCGGCAUGAUCGUGGUUCUUGCCGUAAGCAAUCUCUUUCGCAGGCCC